UUUAAGUCCAGUCAUCCAUCCAUUCAGCUGGUGAGGGGUGUGUGUGGGAAUUUGUGUGCGGGAUUGCCCAGAACCCCCGAGAUUAUCACCUCUACGCCUGAAAACAGCAGGGUCAGGGCCAUGGCUGUGGUUCCUUUCCUGGUGAUUAUAGUACAAGUGGUAUUAUUACCAUCUGUAUGUGGAGGAGCAUAUUACAAACCCCAUCAUCAACAGCAUCAGCCUGUACCUCAUAUACCUCACAAAGGUAUAGGAAAGGAAAUGCCUCAUAUGCAGUAUCCACCUUACAGAAAAGAAAUGCCACAGAUACCCAUGCAUAUGAACAAAGGCAAGGCCAAAAAAGGUGAGACCAUUCCUAGAGGUGAGCAGGGUAUUCCAGGUGAAGUUGGACCACAAGGUCCUCAAGGACCACAAGGACCACCAGGGCCUCCUGGGCCUAAGGGAAAUGGUAUCCCAGGCCCUCCAGGAAUUCAAGGCCCUCCUGGCCCUCCAGGGUUACCUGGCCUUGGUAAACCAGGAAUGCCAGGCAUGCAAGGGAAGCCAGGUGAAAUGGGACCAAAAGGAGAAAAAGGUGAACAGGGACCUGGUGGGGCAGAGGGGCUACCAGGCAGGAUAGGACCACCAGGUCCACCUGGACCCCAGGGCUUACUAGGUAUUGGGAAGCCAGGUGGCCAAGGACCACCAGGACUGACAGGACCCAAAGGAGAACCAGGGCACAAAGGUCUUCCUGGUCUUCCAGGGUUGCCUGGCCCUAAAGGAGAUAAAGGAAUUGGAUAUCCAGGCCCACAAGGCCCAAAAGGCCCACCUGGGCCUACAGGACUUCCUGGACAUAAAGGAUUGCCAGGGGUGGGCAAGCCUGGAGCACCUGGUUUGCCAGGACAACCAGGUAAACAAGGACAGCCUGGACCACCUGGACCACUUGGCCCAUUAGGUCCACCUGGCUUAGAGGGCAAACAAGGACCACAAGGAUUGCCUGGCAUUGGGAAACCAGGUGAGGAAGGAGUGCCGGGACAGCCAGGUGCCCCAGGCCAUAAAGGACUACCAGGGCCACCAGGUUUGCCAGGAAAGCCUGGAUUACCUGGCAUUGGAAAACCAGGAUUCCCUGGCUCAAAGGGUGACAAAGGAAUAGGGGGACCACCUGGGCCUCCAGGACUAAAAGGUGAAAAAGGAAAUGGAGGUCAACCUGGUUUGGUAGGACCCACAGGACCCAUUGGUCCUCCUGGCCCUCCAGGAUCAGUAGGAAAGCCUGGUGGGAUUGGUGCACCAGGACCUAAGGGAGAUUUAGGUGAAGGCGGAGCAAAGGGAGAACAAGGGCCUAUAGGAGAUCCAGGGCCUACAGGAAUGCCAGGCCAACCAGGUAAACCUGGUGAGGAAGGGGAACCUGGGCCACGGGGACCAGCUGGACCUAUUGGUCCCAAAGGAGAGGAAGGAGAGAAGGGUCUACCUGGGCCCCCUGGCCUUCCUGGCCUGCCUGGUCUUAAAGGAGAAGGGGGUGCACUUGGUCCUGCAGGGCCUCAGGGACCUAAAGGGAUUCCGGGACUUGCAGGACCAGGUGGACCGAUUGGACCACCUGGCCCUGCGGGGCCUAAGGGAGAAGCUGGGCUUCCUGGCAAGGCUGGUUCUCCAGGUGAGGGACUCCGUGGUGCUAUAGGCCCCAUUGGCCCUCCUGGGCCUCCUGGCCCAGGCGGUGCUCCAGGCACGGCAGGUCACCCAGGCCCUCCUGGUCCUCCAGGACCGCCUGGACCACCAGCCGUAAACCCUGACCUCAUGGGUGUUUUGCCUGAGAUGGGGCCAUCCCUGGAUGGAGUAAAGGCUGGUGGGUAUAUGAAAGGAAAGAACAAAGGUAAAGCUGACAUAAUGGGUUCUACUGGUCUGGAGAUGCCUGCUUUCACUGCUCAACUCACUACACCCUAUCCUCCAGUUGGCACACCAGUGAUAUUUGACAAGCUAUUGUAUAAUGGCCGGCAAAAUUACAACCCAAAAACUGGUGUGUUCACCUGCGACCUUCCCGGUAUCUACUACUUCUCAUAUCAUGUGCAUUGCAAGGGAUCAAACGUAUGGGUCGGGCUGUACCGAAAUGGAGAAGCUGUGACGUAUACAUACGAUGAAUACAAGAAGGGAGUUUUGGACCAGGCUUCUGGCAGUGCUGUGGUUCCCUUACAGCCGGGAGAUACUGUUCACAUCCAGUUACCAUCUGACCAGGCAUCUGGACUCUAUGCAGGGCAAUAUGUCCACUCUUCUUUCUCUGGUUUCCUACUGUACCCCAUGUAAAUCAGUAAAGAAGAAGGAAGAGUGAGAGAGAAGUAAUCAAAAUAAAAAACAGGAAAGGACAUCUUGAAACUGUUCCUGUGAUAUUUUGCCAAUGAUAAUGCAUAUGUCUAGUAUUGUGUAUAUGCAGACACUAUACUACCUGAACAAAGACUCUAGUAACAAGUUUCAUUCUGUUAAAAUUUCAUAAUUGGAGCUUUCUAGAAGGAGUCAAGAUAAUGUGGUGCUAAUAUAUGUGUAUUUGUGUACUGAGUUUUAGAAUGUUUUGGGACACAUGGAGAAUUUCCUAUUUUUUGACAAUGUGCUAUAUGUGGGUUGACCAAAGUGGCAGCUGCCCAAAGAUUACAAGACAAACCUAUUUAAAAAAAAACCUUAAUUAAAAUUAAUUAAUUGUUCUGUCAUAUUUAAAUAUUUACUGAAAUGUACUGAUGUUAAACAUUUUCAAAACAAGUACCAAUUUUGUAAUGAUGUCUUCUCCUAUAUUUUUUAUAAAUAUCAAAUCUUUGCACAGACAUAAUCUUUUCACACCAGUUCCUAUUGAACAACAGGAUUAACUUUACUCUACGUGAAUUGGAAUAAUAAUCUGACAUCUGAUAAUCUUAAAGGUACUUUAGCAAUCUGCUCACAUGUUUUGAAAACCACUGAAUAAAUAUGAUUAAUAAUGAAAGAUACAUUUGGGGAUUUAAACCCUUAUUUAGAUAUCAUACAUUAAACAUGUCCAUACAUUUCAGCGCACAUCACAUUAAUGCAGCACAUUACAAUACCUUCCAUCUAUCUUAAUUUUCUUCUUCUUUGCAUCAUUCUAAUUUUCUUACCAUGAAUAAAUUAGGUUGCCUUAGGAAAAUCUUUUGUCAUCUGUGCUUGCUAAUGACUGGUUGAUUAAAAAUUUUAAAUGGGCUUGGAGGAAA